AGAGUGCAAGAGCCUGUCUUGGAGAUCAUCCCGGGGAAAUCCUGAGGUCAUUCAUUAUGAAGUGUACCGCCCAGGAGUGGCUCGCAGUAACCACAGUGCUAUUCAUGGCAAAAGCAAUGCUCGCCAUGGUGGUUCCUAAUGCCACUUUGUUGGAAACACUUUUGGAAAAAUACAUGGAUGAAGAUGGUGAAUGGUGGACAGCCAAGCAAAGAGGGAAAAGAGCCAUCACAGACAAUGACAUGCAGAGUAUCUUGGACCUUCAUAAUAAAUUACGCAGUCAAGUGUAUCCAACAGCUUCUAAUAUGGAGUACAUGACAUGGGAUGUAGAGUUGGAAAGGUCUGCAGAAUCUUGGGCUGAAACUUGCCUGUGGGAACAUGGACCCGCGAGCUUGCUGCCAUCAAUUGGACAGAAUUUAGGAGCACAUUGGGGAAGGUACAGGCCCCCAACGUUUCAUGUACAAGCCUGGUAUGAUGAAGUGAGAGAUUUCAGCUACCCAUAUGAACAUGAAUGCAAUCCAUAUUGUCCGUUCAGAUGUUCUGGUCCUGUCUGUACCCAUUAUACACAGGUGGUGUGGGCAACAAGUAGCAGAAUAGGCUGUGCCAUUAAUUUGUGCCACAACAUGAACAUCUGGGGGCAAAUAUGGCCCAAGGCUGUCUACUUGGUGUGCAAUUAUUCUCCUAAGGGAAACUGGUGGGGCCAUGCUCCCUACAAACAUGGACGACCCUGCUCUGCUUGCCCACCUAGUUUUGGAGGAGGCUGCAGGGAAAAUCUGUGCUACAAAGAAGGAUCAGACAGGUAUUAUCCUGGUCGAGAAGAAGAAACAAAUGAAAUUGAACGUCAGCAGUCACAAAUCCAUGACACCCAUGUGCGAACACGAGCGGAUGAUAGUAACAGGAAUGAAGUCAGAAGCACGCAGCAAAUGUCCCAAAUUGUUUCUUGUGAAGUGAGAUUAAGAGACCAAUGCAAAGGAACAACAUGCAAUAGAUAUGAAUGCCCUGCUGGUUGUUUGGAUAGUACAGCUAAAGUAAUUGGCAGUGUACAUUAUGAAAUGCAAUCUAGCAUCUGUAGAGCUGCAAUCCAUUAUGGUAUAAUAGACAACGAUGGUGGUUGGGUAGAUGUCACUAGACAAGGAAGGAAACAUUAUUUCAUCAAAUCCAGUAGAAAUGGUGUUCAAUCAAUUGGCAAAUAUCAGUCUGCCAAUUCCUUCACAGUCUCUAGAGUAUCAGUUCAGGCCAUCACUUGUGAAACAACGGUGGAACAGCUGUGUCCAUUUCAGAAGCCUGCUUCACAUUGCCCCAGAGUGUACUGUCCUCGUAAUUGUAUGCAAGCAAAUUCACAUUAUGCCCGUGUAAUUGGAACUCGAGUUUAUUCUGAUUUGUCCAGUAUCUGCCGAGCAGCAGUGCAUGCUGGGGUGGUUCGAAAUAAUGGUGGUUAUGUGGACAUCAUGCCUGUGGACAAAAGAAAGGCUUACACAGCUUCUUUUCAGAAUGGAAUCUUCUCAGAAAGUUUACAGAAUCCUCCAGGAGGAAAGGCAUUCAGGGUAUUUGCUGUUGUGUGAAGUGGAACACUUGGAAGAAGAUACUACAGAUGAUUCCAAAUGCCGUAUUUCUGACGUUUGUAUAAAACUGUAACAUUACUGUACAGAAGAUAACAACUAUCUCAGUCCAGAAAAGUACCAAAUGAUUAUAAAAUCUUGACAGCCAGUCUGUAAAAUAAAACAUGGGACUUUAGCUUUGGAAAAAGUAAUGAAUAUAUAAUGGUUUUAGAAUCCUGUGUUAAAUAAUUGCUAUAUUUUCUUAGCACUUAUUUUUACAGUUAAAUACAUAGAUGUGAUUGUUCUACAUUUCAUAUAUUAUAUGGUGCUUUGUAUAUGCCACUAAUGUAUCUAAAGAUGGAAUGUGAAUGGCCCUAGAAUAUCAUCUGGUGCAUUAAAAACUAUUCAACUUCAAAAAUGGGAGAAAAAAAAUCAAUAUUGUAACAGUUUUUCUAAUCCAGUGCACUAGCUACUUCAAGUGUUCCCCAUUUAUUUUCAAGAUAAUACAUGUACAGUUUUUUUCCCUCCUAUUACAUUUAGGCAUAGAGAAUAUUCAGUCUAAUAAUGUACUUCUUUUUGUAUAAAAUAAUCUAUUACUGCCCAAAUGAACCAAUUAAAAUGUCUAAUUUCCUGGGAAUGGUCUUUAUAGUAAAUGGUAUAAGGUCAGAGUAGUGGUAUUAAAAAUAUUCCUAGUUCUCAUAUAUGAAGUAUAAGGAUAAACAUAGGCAGCCAGAGUUUUCUAUGUAUUAAAAUGAGGUCACACAUUUUCUUUUUUUAUCCUGGCAAAUACUCCUGCAGGCCAGGAAGUAUAUAAUGGCAGAAAGUUUAACAAGGAUGAACAAAAUAUUUCAUCACCAUUGCCACUAAUUUUCUUAAUGGUAAAUGGCCUUGUGUACUAAUGUUACCAUAUUAUGGUACUUAUAAUGGUGAUAUAUUUGUUUCUAUGAAAAUGUAUUGUGCUUUGAGACUAAAAAUCUAUAAAACAUUACUUUUGUUAAUUUUUUUUUGCUGAUGAAUUUCUUCUUUUUGAUUCCUAUAAAUAUAUUAAAAUGAUUCAUGUUUCAGAGUAUUA